GCUGUAAAACUGCACCAAGACCAGUUUAGUCGUCUGCGGAAAACUUCACUUCCUAGGUUAAGGUUCCAUUCAAAAGAGGAUGCUAUUUGCAAGCCAGUUGAGGGGCUGCACCCAUUGACAUGCAAAUACAAGACAAAAACAACAAGCAGCCCUGCAGUUCCUCAGUCCAGUCACCUACAAUGUGGAUCCCUGCCAGCCCGAGACAUCCAUUGUUUUCAUCCCUUGAGUGACUUAACUGUGCGCUUUGGGCUCUCAGACCAAGAAAACGUGGAUUUGCGACUUGAUCCAAGCAACAAAUGAGCACGAGGCUUCGCUUCACACAUCAACUGGGGCUCCAAGUCCAAACAUUGCUCCUUGGGCAGAACGAGUAGCCUUGGAGCUUCGACGUGGGGAGGAUCGUAAGUCCAACAAUGCUAAAUGUUGCUUUCUGCAGUGGGAUGUAAACAGGGCGAGCAGGAGUUAGAGCGACUUAUCCAACUCGAGGCGCUCACAUAGCGCAUUACAGUCAUCCGGCGAUCCUCGUUUUGCCUCGGUCAUGGCUCAGUGUGCGGCUCAUCCUGCCGUCCUCUUCAUUCUGCUGGUGCUCGGUCUGGCCGCAGUCCUGCUUCUCACUGUGCCGAGCGAAGACAUCCCCGUGGCGCCCGGCUUUAUGUAUGGAAUCGUUUUGGAUGCCGGAUCCUCACACACAUCCUUAUUUGUAUAUAAGUGGCCGGCAGACAAGCAAAAUGGCACCGGUGUGGUCACCCAACACAGUGAAUGCCAUGCAACGGGUGGUGGGAUCUCCAGCUAUGCGGGCCAACAGGGAGUGGUCGGGCAGAGCUUGGAGGUGUGUCUCGAUCAGGCAGUGCACGACGUCCCUGCACACAGACACAAGGUCACACCCGUGUACUUGGGGGCCACAGCUGGCAUGCGGCUUCUGCGCAUUUCCAGUCCACAGCAUUCAGCUCAAAUUCUGCAAGAAGUUGGCCGUAAAAUCCAGUCAUACCCUUUCAGCUACCAGGGGGCCACCAUUCUGUCCGGUCAAGAGGAGGGAGCAUACGGUUGGGUCACUGUCAACUACCUCUUAGAGAAUUUCAUCAAGUAUGGCUUUGUAGGGCAGUGGCUCAGCUCGGAGAGGCCCACAGUCGGGGCCCUCGAUUUCGGCGGUGCAUCCACCCAGAUAACAUUUGUGACUCAAGAGCAAGUGGAGGAUGAGAAGGACAUGAUGAAGCUACGUCUGUAUGGUCAGGAGUAUUCUCUGUACACACACAGCUUCCUAUGCUACGGACAGGAUCAGGUCCUCAAGAGGCUGCUGGCCCACAUUGUCAAGUCUCAGGGUCAUUCAGUAUCAAUCACUCACCCAUGCCAUCCUACAGAUUCUUCCGUAAAAAUACAUCUGGACAGCAUAUUCAACUCUCCAUGUACAGCCAAGUACAAACCGAGCACCUAUGAAGUGCAAGGCUCUUUGCUCAUACACGGCAGCGGACAAUAUGAGCAAUGUGUGGGCAAUGUUUCCGAGAUCUUCUCCUUCGACAGCUGCCCCUUCUCUCACUGCUCCUUCGAUAACGUCUUUCAGCCCAACGUGACCGGCAGCUUUAUGGCAUUUUCGGCCUUUUUCUACAUUCACGCCUUCCUGCGGCGCAUCACUGGCAUCACAGUGAGCACUCCCGCACAAAUGGAGGAAGCUGCUCAAACAGUGUGCAAGAUGAGUUUUGCUCAGAUGCUGGCUCUUGCUCCAGACCAAGCGUCUCGCCUGAGGGAUUAUUGUGCCUCGUCCGUGUUUGUCAAGGUUCUCCUUCUCAAAGGAUACCGCUUUGAUGAAAAGUCAUUCUCACGCAUUUCUUUCAAGAAGAAGGCUGGCGAUGCCUCCGUUGGGUGGGCUCUGGGCUACAUGUUGAGUCUGAGUAAUUUGCUGCCAUCAGAAAAAGUUCGAACAUGGAAGGCAUUGGCACCGGGAAUAUGGGAAAGCCUUACAGUUCUUUUUGUGCUGCUCUCGGUUACCGUCUUGGUCUUCAUCGCACUUCGAGCCCGUGAGUGGAAAAAGAGAGGACUCAGUGACCGAGCUCUCUAGACUUUCAAUGACACGCGGUACAGUCAGAAAGCAAGUAGACUGUGGUACAGUUUGCACGGUAUCACCCUGGAUUUAAAUCUGAACAUGAUUUUACAGGACCUCAAACUUGCUUGCAAAGUGACUUCUGAUGUCUCACACCGCAAACAUUUGACUGUAAUUUUGUAUACAUAAAGCCUCUGGUGGACCAAACACA